CUAUGAAUAUUCCCAGCUACAGACCGAAUUAUUAUAGCCUGGACGAUAUAACGGUCACCCAGGAACGGAUACCAUGCCGAACUACGCAGGAUCUUUACAUGAUGGGAUUUUUGGACCCUUCGGGAAAGUCGCCCAACCUCAGCAGCAACCACUCACUGGAGCUUCCACUUUGGGCCGUACUACAGCAAGACGAGAGAAACCCUCAUUUUGAAGCGCAGAUACCGGACAUUUACAGUGCGGCGUAUAAAGAAAUCUACAAAGCCGAUGCCAAUUACGUGGAACUGGGUGCGUUGUGCAAAUUCUACUACGAGCUAGGCAUGUACCUUACACGCUACGAUAACACCAACAGUGUGGCGGAAAUGCUGCACGUUACGGCUCAGGAGCGCAUGAAGGGACUGAAGGAUCUGUGUCAAAACGUAGGAACUGAAAGCCUGAACACGAGCAGCAAAUUUGAAUUUACCGAACGCUUACUGUACAACGAAGGGUGCAAAACGAACAAACUAUUCGAUGAUUGGCUCCAGGAAAGACAGGUACACAUCAAAUCGACCGAGAUUGCCGUAAACUUACGCAAACGCAAGCGAAGUCCGGAAGGGGAAACACAGGAAGAACAAUAAAUC